AUGGAGGCCGUUGAAUCGGAAAGAAUUCACGAAAGUUGCAUCCAGGACAGCCAUUGGGUUCGUGGUCAUGGGAUUCAUCGGCUUUUUUGUGAAACUAAUCUUCAUCCCCAUCAACAACAUUAUUGUCGGAUCGUAAUCAAGAUCCGGGGUCGUCCGUGGUGGAUAGACAGGUUGUAUCAAGCCUUCACUGAUAUCUUCAUAUUCCGGUUGUGGUGGUUGGGUAGUGCAACUAUGUCAUUGUGUUAG